GAAAUCUACUAAAUACUUCAUUUAUAAUUAACAUACAUUAUUACGAAAGUAGUUCUUAUAUAAAAAUAGAAAAAGAAGAAUUUUCUAACCUGAAAUAAGAAUCUCGUUUUUAUAACUACGCUUAUAUUUUUUACGAAAAGUUUUAUACCAUAUAAUUAUCAUUGAAUAUACGUUAAUAAAUUUACAUUAAAAUAAUAAAUCUCCUAUUCUUCAGUCAAUUUGCGUACUAAAAUCAAAGCAGUGAAGUGAAGAAAAUUAGAAUAUUCAGUUUUUAUUACAAUGAGUACAGUAUUAAUCUUAACAGUAUUAUUCGUACAAGCUUACUGUGAUACAAACUUUACUACAAUCAACCUACCUGAUGAACACAUUCCUUAUUAUUUUCGAAACUUUCCCAAAAUGGCAGGUAAAUGUUUAAAUGAUGAUAAAUGUCCGUAUAAAUCGUAUUUAAAUGAAGAUGUAUGUUGGGGAUACGAAUACGACUGUGAAUGGGAGAAACAAUACUCGAAACCUAAUUGUCCAGGAGAUCAUAAAGGGUGGGUGAAAACUAAAGCAGCCCAAGAAAGUACUUUUUAUACACAAGCAGACUUCGGAUAUAUUAAACAACAGUUGAGGGAAUUAAAAGUAGUUUGUGAGCCACUUUUUCCUCACGACAGUUCAUUGGAAUGUUCGGAACAUUUACGAUUCUGUAGAGGAAGAAACAUAAUGAUAAAUUUUACUAAAUUAAUGAAUAGAGAUGAACCUAUUCGGUACAAAAUGGAUGUAUUAGGUGAAGGUGAUAUCGGAGGUUAUUGUGACUUGAAAAAGGAGUGGUUGACGGAACAAUGUGAUCAUAUCAGCCCUUUGCAAAGCUGGGGACCUGAAUUGAGAUAUUUCAAGAGAUUAGAUCAUAGACCAAUUGUUGAAGGACACUGUGAUAUAGUUAUUGAAAAACCCACUUUCCUCAUGAAAAUAGAUGCUACUGUUAAUAUGUAUCACCAUUUUUGUGAUUUCUUAAAUUUAUAUGCUUCUUUACACUUGAACGCCACACAAGAAGAUGCUUUUUCAACAGACACACAUGUUUUAAUUUGGGAAACGUAUAAUUACAGAUCAGCUUUCCAAGCAACUUGGGAAGCAUUCACUGAUAAUGAUUUGUGGGAUUUAAAAACGUUUCGAGGGGAUGUAGUUUGUUUUAAAAAUGUUGUUUUCCCUCUUCUACCGAGGAUGAUUUUUGGGCUUUAUUACAAUACACCUGUAAUCUACGGCUGUGAAAAAAGUGGAUUAUUUGAUGCGUUUUCAAAACAUAUUUUACACAGAUUGAAAAUUUCUGAAUAUAAAAGAAAGAACAAGAAAGUUCGCAUCACUUUUUUAAGUAGAACAACUAAAUAUAGAAGGAUAUUGAAUGAAAUAGAAUUAAUAAAUGCUCUUGGAAAAAACGAUAAUUUGGAGAUACAGAGGGUUGUUUAUGGCAAGGAUAUGCCUUUCAAAAAACAGUUAGAACUCACCAGAAACUCUGAUAUUUUUAUUGGAAUUCACGGAGCUGGAUUGACUCAUUUGUUAUUUUUACCAGAAUGGGCUGCAAUUUUUGAAAUAUACAAUUGUGAAGAUAACAAUUGUUAUUUUGACUUGGCUAGAUUGAAAGGAAUCAAAUAUAUAACAUGGGAGGACAUAAAUAAAUUGACCAUAAUCGACGAUGGAUCAUAUUCGGGAGGGGCACACGCUAAAUUCGUCAAUUACAAAUUUGAUCCUGAAGAAUUUGUUAAACUGGUAAACAGGGCAGUAGAGUACGUUAACAACCAUCCAAAAUUUCAGGAAUAUAUCAAAUAUAUAGAUAUAGUAAAACAUCAUGAAGAACUUUAACUAAAAUAGGCUUUAAUAUCUUGUUUUAACUAAUAUGUUUAUCAACGCUGUUAUUAAUAAUUUGAGACAUUCUGCAUUAAUUUGUUUCCGGUUGGUUAAAAAUGAAAUUAAUGAAGAAUAAUAUCUUUUUAGAAAAAUUUUACAAACUCGCACUAAACUCGAGUAUGGUUGCAGGUAAUUAAUUUUUUUCAUGUCAAGUUUAUCACAUUUGCAUUGAAUAAAAUUUAAAUAACCAAAAUGAAA